CUCACACAAUGGAUUUAGAUACAGAAAACACUUUGACUCUGAGCGUCGCAACAUUUCUCCUUCUUCCCAUACUAUGGAUAAAAGUUCAGAGAUCGAAACGGAUCCAGCCUGAAUAUAAAAGAGGAAUGACUAUGGGAUUGAUUCUUGUUUCAGCUCUUGUGGUACUAUGCACCAAAGCAUAUACGGAGUAUGAAUACUUUACCGAUGUAUUUCAACUAGCUACACUUCUCGUUUGUGCCAUACUCGUCAUGUUGGUUACAAGAGCAUGUUGGAGAGAACGAAUGUACAAACUAGGAAUAAUGAUACCAGUCGUAGCACUUACCAUGCUCGCGUUUGUGGCACUUUUUGCAAGAGAGCCAACUCCAAAUAAUUACUCACCUGUCUCAUCAGAGACGAGACCAGAACUCCCUUCUCCCAUGUCCAUGCCUAUGUCCUCGGAACCGAUGGUGAAAAAAUUGAUUGCCGUGUCUUAUGUGUCUGUUAUGGAGUUUAGAUCGGAAUGUUUCUAA